CACUCCCUCUAAUGAUAACAGACGGGAUUGACAGACAGUCGUUUAGUCUAUGCGUUAGAACAAGCCGUGUCUUGGGUGCUGGAGUAAUACACACCGUCUGUAAUACAACACGUGUAUUGAUCGGGUACACAGAGAGUUAUCAGGGGACACCGGAAAACUACGACAUCGGUCAGAAAUAGAAACUGUUGACAGUUUUGUGUGCACGAUGGAUUAAAACCGUGGGAAAAACGAUGUGACAAAAAUACUGAAUUAAGUGACAUGCCUCGGAGAAAGUGUCGGUGGGUGCUGUUUUUGGGGCUGCUCUGGGCCGUGCUGCUGAUCAUGUACCUGUACCGGACGCCCGGGGACAAGGUGGAUGAUGGUGAGUCGGCAAAUCACUUUGACAAUGGAGUUCAGCAGGUCAUAGUUCCACAGCCAGACGGCGGUCAGGAAAUCCCGAAUCGAGUCGCAGAACAGUCUCAGCAUCGACAGGAAGUGAGAGAACAGGAAGUGAGAGAACAGGAAGUGAAGGAGAUGGAGGUGGAUGAGGAAGCAGGGGAUAUUCCCUGGGAGGAAUUCGACGAAAAAAAAUACAUCGACAAAAAACGGUGCCACGCAGGUCAGGACUGCUACAACAGAAACAAGUUCAACCAGCUGGCCAGCGACAACACCAAGAGUAACCGACACGUACCAGACACGAGGAACGCUAUGUGUAGAGACGAGAGGCACAGCUCUGACCUUGACCCCACCAGUGUCAUCAUUACCUUCCAUAACGAGGCCAGGUCAACUUUACUACGCACCAUAGUCAGCGUGUUCUCUAGAAGUCCCGAACAUUUGAUAAGGGAGAUAAUCCUGGUAGAUGACUUCAGCGAUGAUCCCUCGGAUGGGGAGGAAUUAGCCAAAAUAAAGAAAGUGAAGAACCUCCGGAAUAACAAGCGAGAGGGGCUCAUGAGAUCCCGGGUCAAGGGGGCGGACGUGGCCAAGGCCCCCAUUCUGACCUUCCUAGACAGCCACUGUGAGUGUAAUGUCGGGUGGUUAGAGCCCCUACUGGACAGGAUAAAAGAAGACAGAUCUCGAGUUGUGAGUCCCAUCAUAGAUGUGAUAAACAUGGACAACUUUGAGUACAUCGGAGCCUCCGCUGAUCUCAAGGGAGGAUUUGAUUGGAAUCUGGUUUUUAAGUGGGAUUACAUGACUCCAGAGGAAAGAAACAAACGAGCAGGAAAUCCAAUUCAACCAAUCAGGACUCCCAUGAUAGCUGGUGGUUUGUUCAGUAUAGAGAAAAAGUGGUUUGAGGAGCUUGGAAAGUAUGACAAGAAUAUGGAUGUCUGGGGUGGUGAAAAUCUAGAAAUCUCAUUCAGAGUUUGGCAGUGUCACGGAUCUCUAGAAAUCAUCCCUUGUAGUCGAGUGGGUCAUGUCUUCAGGAAACAACACCCCUACACAUUCCCUGGGGGGAGCGGAAAUGUUUUUGCACGGAACACUAGGAGAGCUGCCGAGGUGUGGAUGGACAAUUAUAAGGAGUUCUAUUAUGCUGCUGUUCCCUCCGCUAAAAUGGUCAACUUCGGAGAUAUCUCAGAGCGAGUUGAGCUCAGGAAAAAAUUAAGUUGUAAACCCUUCAAAUGGUUCCUAGAAAAUGUUUACCCAGAACUCAAGGUGCCUGGCCACCAGGAUCAGGCCUUUGGCAGCAUUCAACAAGACAACAACUGUAUGGACACACUGGGCAAUUUUGCUGAUGGGAACCUGGGAAUAUUUCCUUGUCACUUUGCGGGUGGAAAUCAGGUCAAUGAAAAUCAGGAGUUUUCCCUGACAAAGGAGGGCUUUAUACGCCACCUUGACCUUUGUGUGACCUUGACUGGCAGUAUGCCAGGGACUGUUGUCAAACUGUUUCAAUGUCAGGAGGGCAACACUUUACAGAUCUGGGAGAGAAUUAACAGUGAUACAAUGUUAAAAAGUCAUAAUUAUGACCUGUGUAUAGAUAGUCAGGAGGUGCAGAUGAAGGGACUGAUUGUAAACGCUUGUCAGCCGGGGUCAACAUCACAAAAGUGGAGCUUUGCCAUCAGCAAAGGGGGAUAACUCUCUCCAAUCAAAAGGCAUUAACUCCUUGGUUCUGUCAAAAAAGGGGAAUAACUCUAGUCAUCCAUCUCUUCACCUCAGCUGACAAUCAAAGAUUGUAAAAGAAAACCAUUAUUUUAUGGUUUUAUUUAUUUUACACCUUCGUUUGUAAUAAGAAGAUUGUUAAGUUAGAGUGAUUGUCUUUGUGAUUUUGAAUUGUUAAAGUUUACAUAUUUUGAUUUUUUUUUGGUGUACUUAAGAUAAUUUAUGACAAUUUUAAGAUUUGUUUUAGGUUGAAUGUGGUUUGACUUAAAGUCAUCUUUUGUGUGAUGAAAAUGUGUUAUAAAGAAUUAUCAUUCCAGUUAAAUUGCUAAAGGUUGUAAAAUGUUGUAAUGCAUGCAUGCUGACACUAAUAUUGACCAUGCAUGGCACCAUAUUGAAUGUUUUUGUGAUAGGUUUAUUACUUUAGACAUACAGCUUUAUCAUCAUCAUCAAACCUUUAUCUGAUCUAUUAAGAGAUCAAACCAUUAGUAUAUAAAAGUCAUUGAAUUCCAUUUUUUCUGCAAAUGUGUACUGGGUUAUAUUAGCAUCUGAUCUUGUAGAGCUAUUUUUAGCAUUCAUUGACCUUCAUUAAUUUUAUUAUGCAUGCUUUAAAUAAUUGUUUAAAGUAAGUUAUCACAUAAUUUUACUCUUAAUUAAGAGAUUUUCUCUAGUGCAAAUAGUCAAUGUAUGGAUAUUUUUUGUCUGAUUACAAGUACACUGUACUUGGUAAGUUCUUUGUUUCUGAGAGAAUUUAUUGGUCCUAAUGACCUACAUGUAUUUAUCAUAUACAGUGUAUAUAAUACAUCUGAAAAUUUUUGUAAUGCAUCAAUCAUUUCAGACUAUACAUGCAGUAAUUAUAUUACAGCAAGUAAUAAUAUUCACAAAAAAUAUCUAGAUUGUAUAAAAUUGAAUUUGGAAACUUAUUUUGGCAUUGCAUGGAUUUUUUUUCAAAUGAUUUUUUUGCCAAUUUCUACUUGCCCGAGAAUAAAUUAUAUACUAUUAUUCAUUUUAAUGAAAUAAUGUCAGUGGUAAAGUUUGUUUUGCAUUCUUGUGCAUUUUUAUUGCAUGGAUAUAGUGUGGGGACUGUUGAAUUCUCUCGAGUGCUUUAAGUAAUGUGAUAGUUUUAAUUAUGUUUAUGAACUUUGUUUACCAUGACAAACAAACAAAACACCGCCCCCAACACCUACAAUGUGUGCCAAAUUCUACAUCAAAUUUGACUCUUUGUUUUUAGAAGGGGAAAUUCAGACCAAAAACAGGACAGUUGUUAUCUUUUUUUGAGGAGCUCUCCUGUGCCCCUUCACAUAAAAGUCCAUAAUUCAGCAAACCUCAGCCGAUUUUGUCACCUUCAUACAAAUUGUCUGAGGUGUGUCAAUGGAUGAUGCCAUAUCAGGGACCUGGAUUAUAACUCCACAUCUCUUAACUACCCACCAGUCUUCCACAGAUGUUUUAUCCCCAAGACAAGGAGUCCAAUAAUGGCUUUAACUUAUCUCAAGUAAUGUCAAUAGUACAGUACAUCAAAAUAUCUGGUUCUCCCAGUCUUUUUAUUUAGUGUGGAAUAGAAAAGAAGAAUUAAAGGCUUUUCUGCCUAUUAAUUUUUUUGGAUUUUUCCCCCUAAUUUUUUUUCUACCUGCAUGGAAUUUUACAAAAUUUAAAUGUAAGUUGUUUUUAAAUGCAUGCAAGAAUUUCCUUCUCAAAUUCUGUUAUCAUGAUUUAAUAAUAAAUUACUUUAAUUAACAGGAAAGUUCUUACAUUUUCCAUAAUGCCUAAAGGUUUUACUAUGGAAACGUGCCCCUAAGUUAAAGUUCAUAAAUUUGGUAUAUUAUGUUUUACUUAGUUAUGCAAUCUUGCUACAACCAAGCUGCUUCAGUAAUUCUAUAAGCUUCCAUUCAUUUAUGUUUAUGUAGUUUAUAUUUAGUUUUUAAAUUUAAUCUUUGUUAGUUGUUAUAAUGUGAUUUUAUGUGAUAAAUUUUUG